CCGGAGCCAUGCCGCUGCCGUGCCGGGGCUGGACGCUGGCUUUGCUCACGCUGCUCGUCGGCUUCCUCAUCUUCGCCGACAUCUCCGAAAUCGAGGAGGAGGGCAGCGGUCCAGACCACACGCCUUUCCAUCCUGAUUACAACAGGAAUUAUAUCCUGCUCUUUGAAGUGAUGAACUGGAGGAUCAAAUAUCGCUGGCCUGCCCCGAAGCUUGUCAUCAAAUCGCCACGUUUCCCUUGUGUGCCCUUUUCUAACGCCUGCCUCUCGAAGUCUCAGGAGAGCCACAAAAAGGCUUCGCAUCCUCGGCGGUGGCUGAUGCGUUUGCUCUGAGUGGCCUGUAGCAUGCUACAGUCAUAACACUUCUUGUCAAGGCUGGUCCACCGACUAUAAACAUCCUGCUUAAGUCCUUUGGGCUGUGAUUUAUUGCGCCUGACCCGGAGUCAAAGACUUGCUCUACACCAGAAAGUUUUGCUGAAGAAAAGUGCCAUAUUCUACCAAUCCCGGCUUUUGUGCGCUCACACAGCAGGUGCGCAGGAACCAACAAUUACCUGGGUGGGUCUGGAGGAGGAAUGCCUCUCUGCAGCACAGAUCCCACAGACACCGAGUAACUGUUCAUGCAAAUCAAGUCCAUGGAGAGACCUUUGUACUUGUUGGGUAUGGCAAGGCUCUAACAAAAGCCCUGUGACGCAUGGGGCUGGAAAAUAAAAGCAAUGUUGGAGCACUGAUUUGAAUGAGGAAAUAUUUGGUGUAGGCUUUGAUUGCCACACGUCCGACAAUAACUCAAGCAGCCCAUUUCAGGUUGGCCGCAGAGCUCCCUUUGCUCCCUGUCAGAACUGCUGUGGCACAGAAAAGCCCCAUCUCCUGCUGAGCCGCAGGGGCUGGAGGGCAGGGGCAGCUGCCACAAAAUGAUGGGCAAAGCCUUCAUGCUGCUACCUAGGGAAGGUGAAGGGGAUGAAUCUUACCUUAUUUCCUCAAGCUGAGCUCCAAGGGGACAGCAGGAGCAGUGGUGCCUGCUGGAGGGAUGAGCGUCAGGAUGGGAAACAGCAGCAGGACCCUGAGCUAUCCGGUGGAGCAAAGCAAAAUCCAGCACCAGGAACAUAACCCGUCCCUCUGUGGGGUUUCCAUUACAGCUGGUGAAAACUUUGGUCCAGUCCUGCCUGUCUUCUGCUUGCAAGACCCUAAGGAGGGGAUUUCUGAGAUUGCCCAUGAGGGGAGCAAUGGCAGAAGCCCUUUGGCUGCUUCUCCAGCCAGCUCUCCUUGGGCACGGAGGUGCUGGAGCCACGGCCGGUCCCAGCUGCAACAGCCGGAGUGCUGAGGAGAGAAAAGCCACCCCAACAAGUGCUGCAAGUUUCACUUUCAUCCGGGUGGGCUUUCUUUGUCCCUUCACUAACCCUGCAAAUGCACCAUUUAAAUCUGGAAGGGAAUGGACACUGAUAAAAGGCUUGUCUUUUUUUUUUUUUUUCCUCUUGUAUUCUGUGCUCACAUGCCUGCAGCAGCCGUGGUUAUUUUGCUUGGACAUCUGUUCGUCUUUGCCUACCUGCAUGCCAAAUGUGCUUUAGAUCCUCCAGAAAAGCAUUUAACAGGAGCUCCUGUACCUUUCCCUGGGCUUCCCAGUUAUGAGUAUUUUGGUUUUUCAUCCCUAAGAGCAGAACUACUCAAAUACACGUACACGCACCAUUGCUAUAUAAAAAGUUGUUUCAAAGCCAGGCUUCCUCUAAUUGCCUCCAUCAUUUGCUUUCCUUGGGUCUGGGUCACCUUCAGCAGCAAGAAAUAAACCCAAACCACAAUAUUAGACAGUAAUUAUUUUGCCUUUUCCCUGCUGUCCUUCCCCAGCUGCCUCUGGAAACCAGGGAAUUCCCUGUCCCAGCAAAUUCACUGUGGGAGCAGACUUUGAAGUGUCCUUCAGCAAACACCAGGCUGGUGUCAGCAGCUCUGCCCAUCGCAAUUCAAUAGCAAGGAAAACAAAAAAAAAAAGGAGGGGGGGGGAGCAUACUUACAGCUCUGUCUUUGUGCUCCCACUGUAAAUCUGAACAAGUCCUUUGCCUUGGCUAAGCAGCAGCCUUGGUGGUGGUGGCCGUGGGAGAAGCAUCCUCAACAGCAGCACUGCUGGCACGCCGACUUCUCUGGUCUUGCUAUUGACCGUACACAGGUUUCUUGUUUGCAUGGUGUUCGAUUCAUCGAGCUGGUUGCCUGUUUACGGGGUCAGCUCUUUCCAAAAUUAAGCACUGGACUCUUGCUUGUUGCUACUGCAAAUAAAGUCCUUGUCAUUGCAUACAGAAACCCACGGGAAUAGCACAAACAAACCAACAAAAAACCACCAGGCUGGCCAACUGCAUGCUGAGCAUCCUAUCCCUGCCUGCCAAGCACUCUCCAUAUGCAGGGCUGCUUUUAAAAGCACGUAUUAUCACCGUCACAACAAGGUUUUGCCAUGCUCUCAUGGCCUCCCUCACUCCCACAGCAUCGCAGCAUCUCCAGCCGAGGGAUGGUUUCCCACCACCGUCCGUCACCUCUGACCCAGGUGUCACCAUCAUCCUUGGGAACAUCAGCCAGCAGCUACAGCUGGGGACAUGUUUCCCCUGCUAAGGUUAAGCGUUGUCAUCAGAUAUCCCCUGCACCUUCUCAGAAGCACACUCGACUGUCGCCCAACAGCUGCUCGCUAGGUAAUUAAACUUCUUCCUGCUGCUGCCUGGAUCUCCACUGCGUGGCUUUGUGAGCCAGGGGAGGGGAGAGGAGGCUGAGCUCUGAAACAACCAACAUUUUUUCAAUGUGUGACAUCUGGACACCAUCCUCAGGGGAAUAAGUCCUUGCAUAGGUGGCUCAUUUGCUGGGGAAUGCCUCUGAUGGUGAGCAAACGGCUCGGGUGGUUGCUGACCAUGGGGUGCAGCUCUCACCUGGGAGCUUCUGGUACCUGACAUCAUGUUGAGGAUGCUCAUACAGAAAAACUGCACCAAGAGGACAUCGCUGCCCAGGAGAGGUCCUCAGCAGCCACGCUGACAAUGGAAAAAGAAAAACGUGAGACCCUGAGUAUCCCAAUGAGCCUGGGGACCCUCAAUCAUUUCCCAGGGUAUGCAGCACCCACGAUGCUACAAGAGCCCCUGGGAUUUCUGCCUUUUAGGACAAGGAUGCUCAGGAAGACAGAAUCUGCUGCAAGACUAAUGCUCUACUGCUUGUGCUCUCUGAUAGCUCUGCUCAGUUGGCUGAAAAAAUGAUCGUGGGAAGAACAUACAGUGUAGACAUGGUUUUUAAGUAGUGACACAUUUGUCUCUCUCAGCUCUUUGCUAGGUCUUCCCUGGACUCUUGGUUUUUUGCCUUCUCCCUUCCAGAAGUGGAAAAUUAAAUCCACAGACAACACCCCUGUCCCAAGCCCCUUUCUGGAUGCUUAUAGCCUGCUUCAACGGCUGUUUCUUUGCUGGAUGUUUCACUAACACAGCCAAAGAAGCCGAGGGAAGGAAUAAGGCCUGCCGGUAUGCAGGAUGGGGAGAGGUGAAGCAUGUGACAUCUCAUCCCUGCGAGCAUGUGAGCAUUUUGUCUUUAGAGCAGCGAUAAAACAGAAGUGUCAUGGGGUAGCAGAGUCAAGCCGUGCUGACAUUGUGAGGAACGUGUGUGGAUGUGAGACCUGACACUCUACAGGUGCGAGAGAGGCAGAGCUUGCGAGCCCCGGACCCGCAGACCCUGGGGGGCAGCAGGGACCGUCAGCAUGCUGCCAGCAUCCUCCUGUCUCAAACAGCUCCUUCAGACACGGACUGGGAUUUAGUGGUGAUGCUCUGGUUACCCCAGCACCAAGGGAUCCCCAAGCAGCACCCCGGUCAUGUGCUGUGGGUGUCUGUCCGUUUGCUUCAUAUCCUUUCACCUUUGGAGCUGUGCCUUUCCUGCUGCUUCUGCACCGGUUUUGUCACGAGUUCUGGAGGCAGAGGUACAAUCAGAUCAGCUGUGAACAGCUUACAUAGCAAAUCUAAUAGAGCUGAAGUAGUAAUAAAUGACUCUUCGUCUCCAGCUGUUGUUGACAGAAGUAAUGAAAGCAUUAAGCACGACAUUAAACCAGCCUCAUCCAAAUGGAGACACAACCAGACACUCUCUUUGAAGAUCAGGAAACAGAUCUUGAAGUUCCUGGAUGCAGAGAAGGACAUCUCGGUGCUGAAGGGAACGCUGAAGCCGGGGGACAUCAUCCACUACGUCUUUGACAGGGACAGCACCAUGAAUGUCUCGCAGAACCUGUACGAGCUGCUGCCCCGCACCUCGCCCCUGAAGGGCAAGCAGUUCCCCUCCUGCGCCAUCGUGGGCAACUCGGGGGUCCUGCUCAGCAGCGGCUGCGGCCCCGAGAUCGAUGCACACAGCUUCGUCAUCAGGUGCAACCUGGCCCCCGUCCAGGAGUACUCGCAGGACGUGGGCAUGAAGACGGACCUGGUGACCAUGAACCCGUCGGUCAUCCAGCGAGCCUUCGAGGACCUGGUGAACGAGACGUGGCGGGAGAAGCUGCUGCAGCGCCUGCACAGCCUCAACGGCAGCAUCCUGUGGAUCCCAGCGUUCAUGGCCAAGGGGGGCAAGGAGCGCGUGGAGUGGGUGAACGAGCUCAUCCUGAAGCACCGCAUCAACGUCAGGACUGCCUACCCCUCGCUGCGCCUGCUGCAUGCUGUCCGAGGGUACUGGCUGACCAACAAGGUGCACAUCAAGCGACCCACCACCGGCCUCCUCAUGUACACCCUGGCCACUCGCUUCUGCAACCGCAUCCACCUCUACGGCUUCUGGCCCUUCCCCCUGGACCAGAACCAGCACCCGGUCAAGUACCACUACUACGACAGCCUCAAGUACGGCUACACCUCGCAGGCCAGCCCGCACACCAUGCCCUUGGAGUUCAAAGCCUUAAAGACUCUGCACCAGCAGGGAGCCUUGAAGCUGACUGUGGGGGAGUGUGACGGGGCCACCACGUAGGGCGGCCCCCGGCCGCGUUCCUGCAGGCUGCACAACCAGGGCAGGCCGGGGAGGGGGCGGAAAGGCCGAGUGCGGCCUGGUGGGGAUGGUUGUCUUUGUCAACGCGCAGAGCAGCGGCACAAAUACAUAUACGUGGUACCUAUAUAUAUUGACCUGAGUAUUAUAACUGUUUGGUGUUCACCAAGGAAGGGGCAGGAGAAGCGCGGGAGCAUCUGGAGUGGCCGGCCUGGGCGAGACCUCGCGUUCACUGGGCCGGGAGCGGGCGUUCGACAGACGUCCGAAGCGUGUGGUGGUGACCUUGGUUUUUGAGGGUAUGUUAGGUGAUGGGUAAACGUGAAGCCGUUUGUCGUGACUGGUCCGAGGUUGGUAGUUAGUUUGUUCGGCCAAGACCGCCUGGCGCACUGCAGCAAGGCACGUUCUUGGCUCCGUGCUCGUGGCGGGGAGGGAAGGGGCAGGGAGCGGGGUGGGCAGGGAAGGUUUGUUGGCGGCUCUCACAGCUGAGAAACACCCAGCGGGACCAGUCCCCUGCCAGCAGGGACCGGUGCCUGGCAGGGCAGCACACAGAUCUGAGCACAGCCUUUGGAGAGGCGAGGGAGAAGCCUCCAGGGCUGCAGUGUGGCCUCCAGGAGGCGGUGGAUGAGCUGGGUGGACAGUUAGGAGGAUGCUGAGGAUGAGUUUCCUCAUCCUUUCUUAAGGAGAGAUAUAGAAAGGAAGGAGCGGAGAUGCUGGAACAUGGCAGGAAGGUUUUUUGCUGCAAACCAACGCCAUUAGUAUUAAGUGUCUUACUGUGCCCCGGUCUAAGACACUCAACAUCUGCCAGGGCUCAUGAAAACCAUAAGUACAUCUAGCUCUUAAUUCCCAAAAGCUACCUGCUAAGCAGCCUGCCUUCUCUCCCCCUCCAAAAAUAACUGCUGAAAUAUUGGUGAUAGGCCUGAGACCCAGCCAAGCAGAAAGACCGCAGGACUUUAAGGGACUUUGUCAAGUCUAAAUAAUUUAUUUUCACUUCUCCGCAAGGAGCCAGCACACAGUGCUGCAUUACUGAAGUCCUGAUCUAUCCUUUCUUUUAAGCUCCAAUUAGUUGUUGUUCUGAACAGUUAAAUAGGAUGUCAGAUAGCUCUCAAUGGGAUGCUUGCGUAGUAAUGAACGUCAAAGAAAUAAUUAAUCUUUUCCCAUGCAUUUCUGAGAGUACCUAAAAUAUAAAAAGUUAUUACAACUGUGUUGGCUUUUCUCUAAAUUUUGCAUUCCUUUUUUUGAGGGAAGUAACUAGAUUGGUCUGAUUAGCUCAUUUAAUUUUCUGCUUCCACAACCUCCUUGAUUCAUCUCCUAAUUAGUGCUGGGUGCCAGAGUGCAGGUGAGUCCAGGGUUCAGCGAGUGCAAUUUGGGUUUAAUUUGUGUGCAAGCAAAUAAUGCACAGCCGAGCCCUGGGCAUGCGUCGCAAUGCUUUUGUGGUGAGGUUUCAGCACCUUUGUGCCUCCUCCUACUGCUGUGGUUUUUAAGUUGAAAAGUGUGCAUUUUGGGUCUGCAAUACUUGACAUUGUUUCUUUAAAAGCAGAGUGCUUCAGGUGGUAAAAGGAAGAGCUCUCUUUCAUGUUUUGGGAUGUAGACAGUAUGAUACCCGUAGGAACCUCCAGCCUGCUAAUUAGUGUCAGAUGAAGAUGCUGAAGAUUAAGGUGUAAGCAAUAUUAUAGUGGAUAAAAGUGGGCUAAUCUGCCGCCAGGGGGACGUUUCUUUCCAACUCCAGAAAGUGAUUUAUUUUAUGUAUGCUUUUUAAACCUGUUUUCUUUUUUUAAUUUUAUUUUUAUUGAGUUUAGUGACAGUAUAAAGUUAAAUCUGGCUGUGAACCUCAGCUUAAGCUGUUGAGGUUUCCUGAGACAGGAGGAGGCAAAGAGUGAAACUGCAAGGUGGAAGUCAUCUGCAGUGCCGAGGAGCAUCCCAUGAUUCAGGAGUGGUUGCUAAAUGGGAUAAUCCCUGGUUUGUCCUGGUACAGAGGAGGGAGAGAUGGGGAUGAAGCCACAGGACUGCUAAAGCCAACUGUUGUAUUGAGGGGCCUGGGCCACGGUACUGAUCGCUGUUAGCAAACCUUCUUUUUAAAUAAAAAUGCAAGAAAAUGAAA